GACAUGAAGGAAGAACCAGCUGCAUAAUUGGGUUGUUGCCACAAGCCCAAGGCCCUGGGAGGUACAGAGGGCUUCCUAUCCCCCAGCCUGGACUUCCAGCUCUUCCAAGGUGACCAGGUCUUCUCAGCCUGCAGACCACUUCCAGACACAGUGGAUGCUCAUGGCCCACCCUGUGCCAGCUGGCCGUGUCCCUUACCGCUGGCACUAGGCAGGUCUGCCCUGCUGGCCUGUCUACAGGACCUGGACCUGAACCCGUGCACCCCACAGCCAGCACCCCUGAGCACAGCCCUGCAGGGCCUCCAAGAGGACGCCUUGAGCAUGAAACACCAGCCACCAGGGCUGCAUACCAGAUCCACCGAUGAUAAGAAACUCACUGUCAAGCACCCAUGGAAUAAGGACAAGAUGGGAAAACAGCCAGAAAGAGCUGGCGAGGGGGACCCCUGCCAAGCCUUCUUGCCUCAUGACAGCUCUUCCCCACCACCACUGCAGAAUAAAAAGAGCUCCAGACCCUUGGCUUUCUGCCCCUGCUCCCCUGCCACCUCCAUCUCCAGGGAGCUCCCAUUCUGCCUCCAAACCUUCUACUCUCCAUACCCACUUCUCCUGCCUCCACCCUACCUGGUCACUUAUGGAGCCCUACCUUCUGACCAAUGUCCCCACCUCCUCAUGCUGCCCCAAGACACCUCCUACCCCACCAUGGCUAUGCCUAGCCUGAUGAUGAUGGUCAAUGAGGCUGGGCACCACAGCGCUGUGUGGAAGACCCUGCUUUCUUACCCAGGGGCCUUCCAAGCCUCUGGCCAAGCCCUACCUUCCCAGGCCCGAAAUCAAGGCACUGGAGCUGCCCCAACCGACUCCCCAGGCCUGAAGCGUGGUGGCAUGGCAUCUCCAGCAAGGCAGGCCCCUGUGCGUUCCCGGACAGGUGCUGCAGCCCUGCCUUACCCGCUGAAAAAGGAGAAUGGCAAAAUCCUGUACGACUGCAACGUAUGUGGCAAGAGCUUUGGGCAGCUCUCCAAUCUCAAGGUCCACCUGCGUGUGCACAGCGGGGAGCGCCCAUUCCAGUGUGCCUUAUGCCAGAAGAGCUUCACCCAGCUUGCCCACCUGCAGAAGCACCACCUGGUGCACACUGGGGAGCGGCCCCACAAGUGCCCGGUGUGCCACAAGUGCUUCAGCAGCUCCAGCAACCUCAAGACCCACCUGCGCCUGCACUCGGGGGCCCGGCCCUUCCAAUGCAGGAUCUGCUGGAGUCGCUUCACUCAGCACAUCCACCUGAAGCUGCACAAUCGGCUGCAUGCCCCACAGCCCUGUGGCCUGGUGCAUACUCAGCUGCCUCUGGCCCCUCCGGCCUGCCUUUCCCAGUGGCGCCAGGGGGCACUAGAUCUUUUGGCGGUGGCAUCAGAGAAACACAUGGGCUGUGACAUAGAGGAGGUCAAGGUGUCCUUGACAUCCCAGGGGAAAGCAAGAGCAGUGAGCCCCCUGAGCAGUGCCAGGACUCCCCUGGGGAGGGGGCAGGAGCAGAACAAUUAAAAACAUUUCUUCU